CAGCUUUUAAGUGAAAAAAUCAGUGGAGCAGAAGGAACAAAACUCGACAAUGAUUUCCAAGAAAUGGAAAGGAAAAUUGACAUCACCAAUAAAGUGGUUGCUGAGCUUCUUUCCAAAACCACGGAAUAUCUCCAACCCAAUCCAGCAUAUCGAGCUAGGUUGGGAAUGUUAAAUACCAUGUCAAAAAUCAGAGGACAAGUUAAAACCACAGGCUAUCCUCAGACCGAAGGUUUACUUGGAGACUCUAUGCUACGAUAUGGCCGAGAACUAGGAGAAGAGUCGGAGUUUGGCAGUGCUUUGUUGGAUGUUGGGGAAUGUAUGAAGCAAAUGGCUGAGGUGAAGGAUUCUCUAGAUAUUAACGUCAAGCAGAACUUUAUUGAUCCACUACAGUCCUUACAAGACAAAGACUUAAAAGAGAUUGUGUAUCACCUGAAAAAGCUAGAAGGCCGCCGCUUAGACUACGAUUAUAAAAAGAAGCGACAAGGGAAAAUUGCGGAUGAAGAAAUCCGACAAGCAGUGGAGAAAUUUGAGGAAUCUAAAGAACUAGCGGAGAGGAGCAUGUUCAACUUUCUAGAAAAUGAUAUUGAACAAGUUAGUCAGCUGGCUGUAUUUGCAGAGGCUGCAUUGGACUACCACAGACAGUCAGCUGAGAUCCUGGAGGACCUCCACAGCAGGUUGCACAACAGAAUGAAUUCUGCGUCAAGCCGACCUAAGAGAGAGCACCAUUCAAGAUCGAUAAUAUCAACAAUAGAGUCAAACGAAAAGCUGCAACAUAAUGGGAUCUCCUGCAAUUCAUCCAUCAAAUUAUCAGGUUCCACCAUCAAUUUGGACCAGCCCUGUUGCAGAGCACUAUAUGACUUCGACCCAGAAAAUGAAGGAGAACUUGGAUUCAAAGAAGGCGACAUCAUCACUUUAACCAACCAAAUUGAUGAGAAUUGGUUUGAAGGCAUGGUCAAUGGGGAAUCUGGUUUCUUUCCAAUCAAUUAUGUUGAAGUUGUGGUCCCUCUUCCACAGUGA